AUGUAUAGAAUACACAGAACCAAUGAAGGAAAAAAACCUACUCCUCGGAGCGGCGCGCUGGCUGCAGAGCGGCGUAGUCUCCCGGGAGCAAUACCUGCAGCGAGGGCUGUAUUUCUGAAGGCCACCCUCUUUCCUCGCUCGCAGUGCUCACAGCGCUCCUGGCGAGGGGGCGGCGAAUUGGAGCUGGGACGUUGCGUCCCAAUGCCAGCCAGCACUGCACGCCUUUGCUAUUUUAUUGUUCGCGACGAGAUCUGGUGUUUGUGAAUCAGCGCUGCGGACUCGGUGCAAGAUAGGAAAAAUCAGUGAAAUGUAAUUUUUCUUUACAUCGUGAGCGGAAUGACUUGCCUGAGUCCUCAAUUUAUUGUCUGAAAAAUAGAGGCGUGUUCAAUAUGAACCACAAGCGAUUUAUUUAAAGGGAAUUCAGAAGCAUGGAAAAUGUUACCUCGCUCUUUUCU